GUCCUGCGCUCUUCCCGCCCCUCCCCUCCCCUCAACUCCCUUCACCUGGGAGCUGCCAAACAUCUCCACCAACCUGGGCACUGGGAAGGGUUGAAUUUCUACCACGAGCGCGCCUUUUUACGUUUCCCCCGACCCCAUCCUCACGUCCGCAAAACCCACUUGAUUUUUUUACUACACGUUUUAUGAGAGCAAGACAUUUUCUAGGAAGAUGGUGGCAGAAAAAGAGACCCUGAGCGCGAACAAAUGCCCAGACAAGAUGCCGAAGAGGAGGACCAAGCUGCAGGCGCAGCAGCCGCUCCUGGCGCACCCGCCUCACUCCCUGGUUUCUGAGGGCUUCACAGUCAAAGCCAUGAUGAAAAACUCAGUCGUGAAAGGCCCGCCCGCGGCAGGUGCGUUCAAAGAGAGACCGACCAAGCCCACGGCCUUCCGGAAAUUUUAUGAGCGCGGAGACUUCCCCAUUGCCCUGGAGCAUGACUCGAAAGGGAACAAGAUCGCGUGGAAGGUGGAGAUCGAGAAGCUGGACUACCACCACUACCUGCCCCUGUUUUUCGACGGGCUCUGCGAGAUGACCUUUCCCUACGAGUUCUUCGCGCGGCAGGGGAUCCACGACAUGCUGGAGCACGGCGGGAGCAAGAUCCUCCCCGUCAUCCCGCAGCUCAUCAUCCCCAUCAAAAAUGCCCUGAACCUCCGGAACCGGCAGGUCAUCUGUGUCACGCUCAAGGUCCUGCAGCACCUGGUGGUGUCGGCGGACAUGGUGGGCGAGGCCCUGGUGCCCUACUACCGUCAGAUCCUCCCCAUCAUGAACAUCUUUAAGAACAUGAACCUGAACUCCGGGGACGGCAUCGACUACAGCCAGCAGAAGCGGGAGAACGUGGGCGACCUGAUCCAGGAGACGCUGGGGGCCUUCGAGCGCUACGGGGGAGAAGAGGCAUUCAUCAACAUCAAGUACAUGGUGCCCACCUACGAGUCCUGCCUGCUCAACUAGCGGCCGGCCGCCGGGGCGCCGGCGGGGCGGGGGGUCCCCGUGCUCCCACCACGGGCUCCUCUCCUUCUCCGGCUCCCCCAGCCGCUGGGACAGUGGCCUCGGCCGGGCGCCCGCCCGCCGGGCGCCCGCUUUCCGGUACAUAAAUAGUGCCCGUUUCUUAGA